AUGAAUUGGACCAGUUGUGGGCCAACAACACCAGAUGAGGAGCCACCAGACGAUAACAUAAAAACAACAGUUACUGUUAUCCUUGUGAUCCUUAUAAUCGCUAUCGCCAUUGGCAACUCGCUUCUGUUUAAAGCUUUUCACAAAUUUCCAAGCCUCAGAACUGCGUCUAACAGCAUUCUAAUGAGUUUGAGUGCAGCCGACAGUUUAACAGUGGUUGUUUUUACCUUGGAUAUCUCCUUCUUGGCUCUUAAAACAAAUGGUCUCGUGUGUACAGUUAGUGCAGGUUUGACCAUUUUACUCAUAUCAGUUAUUAUCCUGCAUCUCACUCUUAUCAGCGUCGAACGCUUCAUCGCCGUGAAGUUCGCAUUGAGAUAUCAAAGCAUUGUAACAACCCGCCGCACAGUGCUCGCCUCCUUCGCUGUGUGGCUGUGGGCUCUUGCUGUUACAGUUAUAUUACCACACACGCUCCGCACAGAAGACGGCAAUAUUUUUAAAGGGCUUUACCACGCUCUGCAUCCAUGUUCUACAUGCUCUCUAGAAAAGGGGAAACCAAUGCCUCAUACAGCCAUGGGAUAUCUCAUCUUCUGGGUGACGUCGGUUCUUGUGAUACCAAUACUGGUCAUACUAUGCUCCUACGGAUACAUCUUCCUCAUUUCUCGUAAACACAGGCGGGAAAUCAAAGAUCAAGUAAAUAUUCAAGGAGCUGCCACCACUAAGGAAGAAAUGAAAGGCGCUCGCACUGUGGCUAUUGUGGUGGGAGGGUGCCUCGUCAGUUUUGUCCCGUUGUUAGUCGUAACCAGUUUACGUUUCCGUGGCGAGUCUUAUCACAAAACCAACUGGAGAAGAGUUAUGAAACACCUGGUUUUUGUCUUCGCACUCGGGUUUAACGCCUGCCUAAACCCAAUAAUUUACGGCUGGAGAAAUUCAAAUUUUAGAAGCGCUUUCCUUGCAAUCCUGAGAUGUGCUUAA